UUUAGAUAUAUAUCUGGAUGUAAAGCCCUGAGCAGUGGGAAUGCACUAAUCACCGAUGAUGCAGACAAACAACAAUUUAUAAACAACCUAGCUAUACGCAGAGAUGUCUACGUUAAUUCUGAACACAAUACAUCAGAUCCUAAUUUGCACUGCAUCUGUAGCUUACUCCAUGUGGAAAACUCCAACGUCCGGCCCCUACUCAUCUCACAAGUGGGGCCAGGUUCAGGAGGGAACAAUCAACAACGUAAGAAAAAUGUGGCAGAAAAAGUGAAUUGGCCAAAAAAUGACGACGUUUCCUCUGGCUUUUUCACAAGUUUUUUACAGCAAAAGAACACGGAAUGA